AUUGGCCUAGUGUGUGUCCUUAUCGCGGCUGGCAGGGCUGCCAAGACAGCAGGUUGUGGCAAGGCUCUCGCCAACGGCAUCAAAACCGGGGCCGCAGGCCAAAGCAACAAUGUCAGCAUUACGAGCAACGGAAUCAAGCGAUCGUAUCUGCUUCAUCUACCCAAGAAAUAUUCUGCAAAUGCGGCACACGGGUUGAUAUUCUCGUUCCACGGCAGAGGUGAGAGCGGUGCGAAACAGGAGAAGGUUUCGAGAUUUUCGGCCUCGACGGUCAACCCGCAUAUGAUCGUGGCUUAUCCCAAUGGCGUCGACAAUCAAUGGCAAGGAGAUCCGAAAGCCAAGACUAAUGACAUCGGUUUCACGAUGGACAUGAUCAAACAGAUCAGCAACCAAUACUGUGUCGACGACGCGAUGAUAUAUGCCACAGGCAAGAGCAACGGAGGGGGGUUUGCGGUAAACAUUCUUGCUUGCGACCCCAAUGCAUCAAGGAAGAUUGCAGCUUUCGGUGGCUUUGCUGGAGCAUAUUAUGUGCAAGAUGGAAAGCAAGUGAGCAGCUGCGAUGGAAGCACUUAUCCCGUCGUAUGCAACCCAGGACGAAAACCGGUACCGAUUUUCGAAACGCAUGGAUCCAAGGACGAUGUGAUUCCUUAUCCUGGAGGCGCGAGAAGGACAAAAUGCUUACCGUCCCUACCGCAUUUCAUGACUGAAUGGUCAAAGCGAAAUGGCCUUGGUUCGACAAAUGCUUCCACCGCACUCGCUGGCGGAAAAGUGAUUAGAUAUGAAUUCGGCAGCAAGAAUGGCCUGAAAGGCAUCAACACGCACUACUGGGUAUCUGAUCUGGGACACAAGUGGCCUGAUACUGUUACCAAUGGAGACGGGUGUUGUUCGUACAUCAACGCCUCUAUGCUCUUUCUUGACUGGGCGAAGAGAUGGACGCUU